AAUUAACUUAUUAUUAAACACAACCUUACCUUCUCUGCAAAGGAACUCCAAUGCCCUUGCAGGCUGCUGAUCGUCGGAUCUCCGGAGAUGUUCUUCAGUUCCUGUAAAUAUCUCCGGGUUACUAGAUCAUAUAGUAAAAUAUGGGAUCUAGAGGAGGAGAAGGAAGUCGUCAUUGGAGUAUCUUUGAUAGCAUGAAGAAUAUGCCAGCAUCACCAGAAGCACUUAUGGCUGAGAUAAACUCAGCCAUUUCAUCCCACGAAUACGCACGAUCUACUGUUCUUUUACAAAAUCCAUCUUCAUCUUCUUCUUCCUACACGAGAAACAAAGUCUCUACUGAUGGUGAUGGUGAUGAAACAUUACAGUAUGAUGCUAGAAAGGCUGAUGAAGCUUAUAGAGCAGGAUUAGCAUCUUUGGCUGCAGGAAAGCUUGAUAAAGCUCUUAAUGCUUUGAAUAUUGCUUUAUCCAGUUGCCCACCUGAUAAAACAUCUGCAGUGGCUAAGCUUGAGUCUCUCAUCUCCCUUACUUCGCAGCAACUGCAGAAAACUCGCAAGUGAACUAGCUGGUAUGGUUUUUUUUUUAAGUUUUAUGCGCUUUUUAAUUGGUUUCUAUGCGGUCGUAAAUGAAGAUGUUAAGGAGAUGGUAUAGAUAGGAGACUAGUUGUAAAGCAUUAGAAUAUAUUGGUGUCUUCAUUGAUUCAUGAAUUGCUGCUAAUUAAGCUUAAGUUACUUAUUUUUUCUUUA